CUUCUUUUUUUGUCUGCCCGCCCCCUUCCCCUCCGCCCUCCGGCCCCUCUCUCUCCCCCUCGACCAAAAGGUGAGUGAGCAGCAAAUUCGUGCCUGCGGCACUGCCUGGUCUGGCAUGGUCUGGUUUUACCUAGUUCUGCUUCUGACUUCUCUGCUUCACCGUUCUGCUUCCUACGCGCAGGCACAGGCAAAGGCGCAGGCGCGGCGCGAGUGGGCGGCGCGGGUUGCGGUGUCACUUAUUCCCUGUCUCUCCCUGCGUCCAGUCGACUGCUCUUUUUGGCUUUUUUCUGACUGUGACUUGUCCCCUCUUCUGUCCUCAAUUUGGGUCAAUUUGGGUGCAAAUUUGGGGGCGGCUGCGGCCACCACCGCCGCACCACCAACAAGAUGCGUUUCUUUACCAAAUGAGUCUUCUCGGGCUCUUCCCCCUCCCCUGCACAGCUGCAGUUGUCACCUGAGGAGGACCUGGCACGCCUGUGCUUCCUAUGGCCGAUCCAACACGACGCUAAAUAUUUGGUCACGUCGGGUGUUGAUGAAAUUGAUGACCCAAGAAGGGAAUGCGAGCGCGGCUGUGCGAUGUUCAAGUUAUGUCUGCUGGAUGGGGGGCAUGUUUAUGCAAAGAGAACUUUUGUCAUAUCGCCUGUGCCUCUUACUGUGCAGUAGCCUACCUCUUCUUUAUUCUCACCUCACCCUUUCUGCUCAUAUAUCUUAUAGAUUCAAGUACGGAUACUCGAGUCUCGACAUUAACACUUUGGGGGGGACAAAUACCUCCGCCGUUUGCCGCCUGCCUAACAAAUCAGACGAUUUGAUUGUCACGAGCUAAAUUGUUAGGGCUCGGAUAAUGACAUGAGCAACUAGCGUCUCUGGAUUCGUCUGGAUUCUAGGCCCUGUCAAUGGCUCAUGCUUCAUGGUGUCGGGCUCAGCUACGUCUGACAGCUGACCAAUGAGACGCUUCUGAACCGAGACAAUAGAAAAAGGAGAUGAAUGCAGAAACAAUGCUCGCAUUCUGCGCAACCCUCCCCCCCGUCCACCCGUCCACCGGUGCGUCGCGGCGUUGCGGCGUUGCCUGUGCCGGCGAGCUAUUUCGCGAAGAAACCACGUUUUCGAACACCGAACAUGCCUAACUCAUGGAUGAUGGGAGAAACUCAGGGAGGGGGGAAGACUAGGAGGG